CUACUCUAGUCAACGGCGGAGUCGUGCGAGUUGCUUUAGCAUCAGUAAAUAAGAUUUCUUCAGUGCUCAGCGUCGCUUCACCCAGUUCAAAAGUUCCACGUGAUAAAUAUGUUUCCAUUUUUUGAUAUCUCCUCAAGCUACACGAGAUCAUUCUGGAUCCGUUGAUAAGUUUCUCGCUCCGUAUCAACAUUGACGUAGUUCGUUGAGACGCGACAGCGGGCGACACAAGGUUGGCAGUAGACGAGUACCGUCGAGGUCGUCGGGCUCGUGAACAGGUCGGUUCUGUCUCACUCUGCAUCUUAACUUUGCCGUAUUCGUGAUCUCCUUUUUUCCCCUGUACGCUUUAAGCAGGCGUCGUAUUAGUUGAAUCCGCAGUGCCGAAAUUCGACGGGGCACUCGAUCGACGUUAAUUGGAUGUUUCGAUUAAAGUAAGACGAGCGAGACUGACGGUGCAGAAUAGUGAUGAAGCUUUGAGAUUCAUCUUGCCCGUCGGCAUCGGGUUACAGAAUGUCUCAGAGGAGCAACAACAAAAUGUUGAAUCAGUUGUCGUCCCUGUUGCCUGAUGAUCGGCCGAUCACUGCCAUUAGUGUUGUGGAGGAUAUAGACAAAUGUCCACCAAAUUUUACCGUUGUAUCAAGAACAUAUGAUCAGGAUUCAGAUGCUGAUUUAUGGAGAGAAAGUGGGCUUUUUAUUAAGAAGAAAGGCAGGUACAUCUGUUUAUCAAAAACCGAAGGUGUACCUCAGUGUGUAGUCGAGGACAUUGCAAUUAUUAAUGAAAGGGAUACCCCUCCUCAUGGAUUCAGUAUGAUAUUACGUACAGUCGAUUCCUUGCAGAGGGCAUGGAGGAAAAAGCAAAUGUGCUACAAAGUUAGAAAUAAGAGUUUAUGCUCUAAAGCCGUAACGGAUAUCAUCAUAUGUAGUCGUAUCAAGAAAGCACCUGCAGGUUUUACGUAUGCUGGUGAAAUAAAUGGCGUCAUUGUUUGCUACAAAACUGAGAACAUCACCAGUGGAGAUUCAACUUCACAACCAUAUGCUAAUAUAAACAUUUUUCAAAAUGCAUCACCAAAUCCUUCCAAUGGAGUUCCUCAAAGAGUACCACCUGAGAGGCCACCAAAGCCUAAAUUUUCUCCAAAACCUCCAAAUGGAAUAUAUCCGCAAAUCAAUGUGGCUGGCGGAAAAUCAAAAACUGAAGAGUUAACAGACAGUGACUAUGAGGUACUAAGUCCUAGCGCUAGAAUCAAACCUACACGACCCGCACCUCGGCCUCCUACUUUGACGCCAGCUAGUUCCGUACCGAUAUAUGGAACGUUGCCUGGAUCCUCUGAUUUAGAUGGAGUUCCUUUUGUUCUAAAUUCUGCACUUAACGCGCAUCGGAAUUUCCUCAAUGGUACAAUUCCUGUAAUUAAAGUCAGAACACAGAAGGAACUGGACAAAGAGUAUUUCUAUGAAUUUCGGGCGGAGAAGGAAACUUGAAGGAAUCGUGCCAAAUUUAUUGUGCGAAGUAACGUUCGGAUCAUAAGCCACAUCUGUACGUUUGUAACCUAGCACUAGCUAAAAUGCUAAAAUAUAAUAGAGUGCCUGAACGAGUGAUUUAUAAUUAUCUGCGAACAAAAAGUCGUAUACUGACAUAAUAUAGUGGUAAAAAGCACGAGCGAAUGGCUUACACUUCUUGAGUACAUCCUUUUUCUUCCAAGCCCUGUGCACAUUUUGAUACCGGUGAUAAUUAGUAUUGUAUUUUUAUAGACUUGCGUUGUAUUUUUAUAGUCCGUAGAACUAUGUGUAUAAUUGUAUUAUACGUUCUAGUUGUUUAUAAAAUAUUAUGGGGUAUUUAAUGCUAUUAUAUUGAGAUAUAUUCCUACUUCGUACUUGAACAAGAGACUUCAGUUUAUCAAUAAAGUCACUUUAAUUUUCA